GCCGCAGCGAAGCAGCGUAUCGGUGCAAGAACCCGUCGCCACGGAAUUCUAGAAUCCUGUUGUCACCAGGGAGGCGCGCGGCCGAGGGCCUCAUUGAGCAAUUGUAGUAAGUAUGUGAUCAUCCGGUGAGAAGCGGUACCGGGGAAGUGGUGGUCUCACGGCCACGUUCAUCAUGCAAUGCAGAUAUUUAAUUGACAGUGUCUUCGCUGCCCCGCUGCGUUGGACAACCCUCCUUCUCGACACCUCAGUACGACCGAGUCAUGGAUGAUCUACAAGCUUACGCUGAAUCCGCUGACACAGGAUCCAACACUACAUACCAUGGCCUCUUCAGCAACAGCAUCCGAGGCCCGCACCAACGGAGCGUAGUAUCGGAAGGAGAGACGAUAUAUCAUUACCCGCAGUCACCAACUCCACACCCUGAGGAGAUCUCGCGGCAAUUCCUUCCACUUCUGUCCUACGACGAAAGCGUUCACGAGGCGCUUCCACCGUCUCUCUCUCAUCCCGUCAGAGCUUUGAUCAUAAGCUACGCCCGCGCUAUCGCAUCCACGUCGCCGGCCUUAGUCAUCACCCAGGAGGACAUACACAUUGCUAAUUGCAUUCAAGCUCGUAUGGAGCAAUCUGCUUCGACUGUGGAUGGUAUGCCUUUCGCUGACGUAGAUGCGGAAGCAUGGGCUAUGGAAAAUCCCUCCCUGUCCCCUUCCCCUCAGUCUGCCGCAAUUGACACUCCAACGAUUCCAGACGGAACGGUCGCCUGCUUGUACGAUGGGUGUGACGGGUACUUUCAGUCCCUAAAGAACGCCGACAUCGAAACGCACCUCCGUUCGCGUCACUUCAGCGGAUACUCAAGGGACGCCUGGAUGGGAGCCGACGACGAAAAGGUUGUGUGCCGUUGGCCACAUUGCACGCAGGACCGGCCAAUAUUGAAGCGUACCCUGACACAUCAUAUCAAGGAUGUGCACCUCCGGGAGCAGAGGGUUGCGUGUACCAAUCCGGGAUGCACGAAGUCCUAUUCUCGCUACGACGCCAUGGUGCGUCAUGCCAAGAAGUGCGUUCUGGAUCUUGCCAUAGGAUGAGAGGAAAGUAUGUAUGAGUGUAGUGCGUUGUCUCCGCUUUUCCGGGAGACCUAGGACUCACUUGGUGCUUGACAGGUCAAAGUCGUUGAUUCUUCCUCUGUGUCCGUCUACCCUUCGCUUCACCAACCGUGAACUUUCACGGACGUUGUUCUCCGACAUCUCUCCUCGCCCGCGGCCGAGUCGUCAUCUUGUGAGAAAACACCUCGAG